ACAAUAUUCAAUUAUCCUUGAAGACAAGCUUUACCGAGAAAAAUAUUGCAGACGAGACGAAAGCCGGGGGCGCCAAAAACCGGUCCUUCUCGUUAACAAUUCCCAUAAAUUAAUAAUCGCGUCACUUCUAUCGAAAACACGCAAACCGCAAAUUAACCACGUCCGUACUAAUUUUAAAUUUAAUUAAUCAUAGCACUGUAAUAAACAAAUUUCGAUUGUGGUUUCCGCUUCAUCACUCAUACGACGAGAUUUACCUCUGGUUCAUUCAUUACGAACACUUCAUAGUACAAACAUGUACAAACAAAUUUUUGUCGUUUUUUCGUUGAUACUUUUAGUGUAUGGGCAAAACGGCCCCAUCAAAGCCGGCGACUGCCCACCCUUAUCAGAUGUGGGUGUCUGUGAAGUUAAUUGUUUCUCUGAUACCCACUGCAUGGGACCCAUGAAGUGCUGCCCGACGGCGUGCGGAGGGACGUUCUGUGCUAAACCCGUCACCAUGAGGAGAGCACAAAUUCAAGAAAAACCUGGGUUUUGUCCGGAAUCUCCCAUGGGUCCAUGGGUUUGUUCCAGCAGAUGCGCCUUAGAUUCGGACUGCAGAGGGACGAAGAAGUGCUGCAGGAAUCGGUGUGGGGCGAUGGCGUGCACCAAACCGGAAGUCUAGUUUUUACUAACUUACUCAAAUGUCAAAUUAAUACCAAUGAAUAAAUGAAGAUUUUUUAGCA